CGGGGCCGCUCUGAGUCGUGAUGUCCCUGCAUGAGCUGCGUGUGUGUCAUCUCUGACGUUACCGGCCCGCCUACAUCGCCCUCUGUCUCCCCCGGUGACACAGACACACUCCGGCAGUGAAGAGCCGCUCUGCCCAGCGUCACGGAGGGGGCACCGCAUCCGCUGCUCCUAACGCGAGUCCUCACUGGCAUGGACACCGGAGGAGAGCACUGACCAGCCAGGAACCAUGCCUACUGUCCUCGGUGGCAAAGGGAAACUUUCCGUUGUGUGUUUUCUACUCAGAUGCGCAUAUUCUCAGGUAACAAGAAGCCAACACAGCAGCUGUGCCAAAGAUAUUCUGGAGGACAUGACUCAGUCGUGGCCAUCCCAGCAAGCCUUAGGGGGUGACCAGGCCCAGCGAAUCCUCUACAACCCUAAGGAAGCAAAAAUACCAACUGCACAACAAAGGCACAGUCGGGGGGAUGUUCAGCUGCGAAUGACCCGUCACCCUCGCGUGGCACCUCACAAAUCAAUGCUUGCUGAUGACCUGAAGCUGAGCAGUGAUGAUGAGGACACUCAAAGGGCAACUCAUGAGUCAGCUUCCUGGGAUGGACUCAGCCUGUCAGCACAGCGAGCGCACACACAUGGCAGGCGGGUGAGACAUUCCAGCUCGGACUCCUCGGGCUCCGACUCCUCCGCCGAGUCAGGCAGCAGCAGCCUUCACUCCCGGAGCCCCAGCCGGAGCCCAGACGUUCACCCCGAUCCUGCAUCGCCUGUCACUGCGCCCCCACACCGCAACAGCAAGGAGCCUGAUCACCCCUCUGCAACCCAGUGGCAGUUGGAUAAAUGGCUGCAGAAGCCCCACAAAAAAUCUGCCAGCAGUGACCAGGAUCCCUCCCAGAGCUUUCCAGGACGCCCUCCCUCUCCCCACACACAGAGAGCGCCAUCUCCAGCCAGGUCCUGGGACUGCAAUCAGGAAUACAGCCCAAGUCAAAGCCCUAUCCCGAGCCCACAGUUCAAUUACAGCCACAACAGCCCCCUCCCUAGCCCUGGUUACAGCUACUGCCCUAGCCCCAGCCCAUUCCCCAGCACCUGCCCCAGUCCUAGCCCAAGCCCGAGGCGCAGCCCUAUCCUCAGUCCAGUUCCAAGUGUUUGCCCAAGUCCGUGUGGCAGCCCGAGAGCCAGCCGUAGCCCUAGUCCAAUACCUAGAGACCCUCCAAGAAGCCCUAGUCCAAGCCUACCUGCUCCUUCCAGGGUUCGGCACCACCCUGAGGUUCAGACAACACAACCUGGUCUAGCAACUAACCCCAACAGGACAAAACACAGGUCAUGGAUUACCCCACUGCCUAACAGCGACACUCAGAGCAGGCCUACAAAUAGCGCUCAUCCUCAGCCAACUCAUCAGCACAGACUCAAGACUCGACCCACACACGACCAAGACCAAAACAAACCCAAGAACUCUGCUGUUUUAAACUCUAACCAGAGUCACAGCCACAAAUCUAGACCCAAGCCUACCUUUCAACCAAGUUCUAAACAGCCCUCCGAGACCCCCAAACCCAAACACACAUCGCAUUUUGAGCAAAUCCAGAGUAGCAGAUCCAACCACAACUCCAACCACAAGCGCAGGCUUACGUUUCAGUCCAGCUCACAGCAAAGCCCCACACGAGCAAAGCACUUAGCUCCCACUGCUCGUGAAACCAACUCUGGUCAUAGUUCUCAUUCCCAAUCUCCCUCUAAAGCUGUUACUAAUCCUAACACUGGGUUGAACUCUAGAUCUAACCCUAGCUUAAAACCCAGGGCCAAGCCUUCGGAGGCUGCAGCACCAACUCCUGUGCAUGUUAACCAUACAAAAAAGCCACAGAAGAACCCCCAGUUUAAGGAGCAGGAGGUGGAACGCAGAGGAGAUCAUCUGAGUCAAGCUGACGGGAGAAAACACGAGAGGAAAGAGGACAGGCAUCGGGAGAAACAACAAGGGAAACAGGAGAGAAAGGAAGACAGGAGGCUGGCGGAGGAGCAGCUACUGAGACGUCCCUGGAUCCAGAGUUCUGCGGAAGAAGAGGAGGAGGAGGAGGAAGAGGAGGGAGAGAUAGAGAGGCAGAGACAGAGAGAGGAGACAGCAAGAGGGGAAAGCAGGAGGAGGAGGGAGCAGCAGCACAGACUCGAAUGGCAAACAGUGCAGGCCAAGCAGAGACUGCCCACCAACACCGAGCGACACCGCCUGCAAGACGACUCACACCACCAGGGGAGGACAAAGAAGGCAGGGAGGAGUGAGGAGGAAAGAGAGCUACAGCGAGACCCGUCACCUCCCCUGUCACGUUCCCCAACUCCUCACAAACCAUCCUCCUCCUCACCCUCCACCUCUUCCUCUUCAGACUCAGACUCAGAAUCUGAAUGCCAGGCUCCGGUCACCAAAGUUCCAGCAGACUCUACCUCUCACAAGAGACUCCCCAGGAGAGGGCAACCAGGCCCAGGGAGGUCUGAUGCCAACAGACCGAAGGCGGUCUACCCAAGAGGACCCGCUUCAGGUAACCCCAGUGAGAUCCAGCAGAGUGAGGGGAAGCAAAAACUCUACACCCUGGUCCCGUUUGGUCGAGGUGAAAAAGCCACAGCGCCUUCCCAGCGAGGACUUCGAAAUCUGGUGGUGCAAAUAGACCUCUGUCUUCUCAAGAGGGUUCCGGACAGCACUACUAGUUCCCCUGUUAAAAAGCCCUCCUCUUCUUCCUCUUCAUCAAACAAGGACAAGCAAAAAGAGGCUAUGAAACACCUGUACGUCCCCGAGACUGUGACUAAAGACGGCAAAAGGAAACGCAAGUUGGAGAAUGGUGUGUCGCACAGAGAGAGCAAGAGGAGUAUUCCUUAUGCACCUGACCCCCCAGGCCGCACGGAGGCUUCAUCUCACACAGCUGAGCAGAACUUUGUGAUAGAGACCACACACAAUGGAUACUUGGAGGAGUACUUGGACAGCAAGAGACCAUUGUCUCCGCUGUCCCCGCUGUCCCCGCUGUCCAACAGCCCUGAGUCCACCAAGCCACCCCCUAAAACGAAGACCUCAGAGCAGCAUCACAUCCACAAGAACAGAGAUAAGAAUAGAGACUCUGCUGUGAAGCCCAAGAUGGAGGUGGAGUGUGUAAAAGUGUCCAGACAGCCCCAACCACCAUCUGAGUCCUGGGGCCCUGCAGGACACAGAGGGACUGUGCCAAACCAUGAAACUCCGCACCAUGCUGAGUACUACUUACACGAAGCUAAAAGGAUGAAGCAUCGUGCAGAUGCAAUGGUGGACAAGCUUGGCAAGGCUGUGAAUUAUGUUGACGCUGCUCUCUCCUUCAUGGAGUGUGGGAAAGCGAUGGAGGAAGGGCCUCUGGAGGCCAAGUCUCCGUAUACCAUGUACUCAGAGACAGUGGAGCUCAUUAGGUACGCAAUGAGGCUGAAGAGCCACUCUGGCCCUGGAGCGAGACAGGAAGACAAACAGCUGGCGGUUCUGUGUUUCCGAUGCCUUGCCCUCCUUUACUGGCAAAUGUUUCGUCUAAAGAAGGACCAUGCACUGAAAUACUCCAAAGUUCUGCUCGACUACUUCAAGUCACUGAUCACCACCACUCUGCUGCACGUGUGUUUUCACCUCCAGGAGUGCUGGAGGACCCCCGUCUUCACUCUCACCCAAUGCAAAACACCUCAGCCGGGGUUCACACGGGGGCAGCGCCUUCCCUUCUCUCAUAAGCAUUCCUCAACGCAUCCACCAGAUGGCAGCAAAUCACCUGAACAUCACCAACAGUGUCCUGUACAGCUUUGAGUACUGGGAGGUGGCAGACAACCUUGCAAAGGAGAAUAAAGAGUUCUUCAACUACUUGAACACUCUCUCUGGGCCAUUGACUCUUCACAGUAGCAUCGCUCACGCUGUCCAAUACACUAGACAGGCUCUUCAGUGGAUACGCAUUAGUGCCAAACUUAACUAACAAGGAGAGGAUUUACUGUAACCUGCCCACUGGAUCUCCAGGCCUCAUUUGGAGGAGACAAAACUCUGGAUCUCUAUGCAGCUGACAGGACAGCACUAAUAUCUACUGAGCUGUGGAGGAAAUCCCACGGAGCCUGAUCAUCCUCAUAGGAUGCUGGGGUGCUUUACUGUGUGCGAAGCCUUCUGAAGGAGCGAUCCGUUAACUUCUCACAGAUGAACUACCUUCCUCCACCUCAUUGGAUUCAUCUGAACAGUCAUGUGUGCUAUGGAUGUGAAGUCUAUGAUCAUUUGCCAAAUGUCCCACAGUGACAGAAACAGGACUCUCAUACUGUUGUAUGUGCAAUUUCACAUGUGAAUCCUUUUUCGUAAUUAUCCAGUGGACUGUUUGUCUGGGGCCAAAACAGGAGAAGAUGACCGAUUCAAUUGUAAACCACUUUCUCCAAAGUCGGAAACAUUUCUGAAUCUUUUUCUAAUGAAGGUUUUAAAGGUUUUGAAUCUCUGAUGUUUCUACUUUUAUGUGUUUUUACUGUGCAAUAUCUGUUUUUGAGAAAAAAAAGAGAACAAAGCCCAGUGAAAAGAUGUUGGUGAGUCUAGUUGCCAACAUUCAAGGUCCCUUUUAUGCAAAGUGUAUUUCUGUCCCUGUUUUGAGUGUGGGAUGAUGUAAUUUAAUGAAUAAUGAAGUUGAAGAGGUCUCUC